CAGAACAUUCAAACUCAGUGCAACCUCUCAUUGUACUCAGCUCAGCUCACAACUCUUGUCAACAUGUCCAGCAACUGCUGCUCUGGAAACUUCUCCUCCACCUCUCUUGAAGGCUGCCCAGCAUCCUCAUGUGGUUCUUCCUAUCCCAACAACCUGGUCUACAGCACGGAUCUCUGCUCUCCCAGCACCUGCCAGCUGGGUUCCUCUCUCUCCACUGGCUGUCAGGACACUUGCUCUAAACCCAUCAGAUGUCAGUCUUCCUGUGUGGGGUAUAGUCCUUGCCAGACCUCCUGCUAUCGUCUAAGACCCUCCAUCCUCUGCAGGCCCUGUCAGCCAUCUUGCUACCGCCCAAGGCCCUCCACCUUCUGCAGGCCCUGUCAGCCAUCUUGCUACCGCCCAAGGCCCUCCACCUUCUGCAGGCCCUGUCAGCCAUCUUGCUACCGCCCAAGGCCCUCCACCUUCUGCAGGCCCUGCCAGACAACAUAUUCUGGGUCUCUGGGCUGUGGGUCCAGCAGCAGUUGUUUCCUGGGUUAUGGAUCCAGAAGCUGCUACUCACUUGGAAGUAGGUCUAGUGAUUUCAGACCGCUUGGUUAUAAAGCCUGUGACUUUCCUUCCCUGAGCUAUAGAUCCAGAUUUUGCUGCCCUACCUAUCUGGUUUCUGGAAGCUGCCAGUCUUCUUGUUACAGACCAAGCUGUAAGCAAACCUUCUGUAGAUCAACCUGCUGAGGUCUUUGACCUUUUAAGUCAAGCAGUUCAGCCUUCGUCAUAGGCUUUUCAGCAAUGUUAACAAAUUUCUUUCACAACCAACUCCAAACCUUUCUUUUAAGACAAACUAAUUGUUUUAGACAGUAAAACUAAUGAACACAAUAUGGUGUCCAAUGGGAUUUUGUAACCAUUUAUUCAGAAUUAUAUAAAUUGUUCUAACAAAAUGUUCAAAUAUUCAGAUUUGUUUUUACCCAAUAAACUCAUUCAUUCUUGCAUCAGGUACAA